GAAUUGAAGUCCAAAAGGAGAGUUUAGCCAUGCACCAAAAAAAAUAAUGUGCUACUUCCCCUUUCACCUGUAAACUUUCAACCCUCAGUUGUGAAAGGCAAAAUGGCAGCGUCCAUACCAAGCGUUGGAAGGAUUUUAUGCCGUGUGUCUCCUUUACUUUUACAGAAUAUUCGGCAGAAUAAGCUUCCAAAGAGGUUACCUGUCAGGCUUUGGACCCAGGCUGUGUUUCCAAGUGUGAAGUCCAGCCUCUCUCUGUGCACUGCAGCCUCACCUGAGAUCCUCAGUGAUGCUGCUGAGGCAGUGGAGGCUCUUGCCCGCUACAAGGACAGACCAUGGGACUACCUGGAGAGCGAAGAGUACAUAGAGCGCUAUGGAACCAGUCCAGUGUGGUCUGACUACAGGAGGAACCACAAAGGGGGGAUUCCCCCUCAGAAGACACGCAAGACCUGCAUUAGAGGAGACAAGAUAUGUGGGAACCCCUGUCCAAUUUGUCGAGACACCAACAUCAUCAUCCACUAUCAGAAUGUGAAGCUGCUGCAACAGUUUAUCAGUCCAUAUACAGGCAUUUUGUAUGACCCCACACGGACAGGAGUGUGUCAGAAACAGCAAAAACAACUCAAUCAGGCGAUUGGCGCUGCAAGAGACCAUGGGCUGCUACCCUUCCAGGUUCCUCAUGUGGACUUCUCAGGGGAGGACUACUCAAACUCCCAUGAUGCAGUGGGCUCGACCCCUCCUCCCCCCACCAUGACCCCUUGGUACUGGUGGUACCACACCAUACAGCCAGACGAGACUGAAGUGGCUAAAGUCAAGAAGACCUACAAGGCCUAUUUGAAAUAGACUAGGGCCUAUCAGAGGAAUAGUUUGUCUAAUUUCAGUUUGUGACAAAACAAGCAAGUAUAGUGUAAAGAAUCAUUGUACCAUCUAAACAACAGUGUGAAAUAUAUUUUCCAUAACCAAAAAUCGUGUAUUUUAAGAUGGUGUACAAAAAUGAAAGUAAAAUAUGCAAAAAGUUAACUUAAGCAUAGAAAUAGCACACAUAGAACAUAUCUACUGCUUCUUGGAAUUGCUUUCAAUGAGAAUGACAGAUCUACAACUCACUUGUGUGAAUUUGGUUGGGUCGCCCUAAAAGUUACAUAUUACAGUUUUAAAACAAGUUAUAAAAUAGCUUUUUUUUUUUUUGCUUUUGGGAGUGUGGGAGAGUAGCAGUUGCAAUUUUGCUAAAACACGUCACAGGGCCUCCCGAGUGGCGCAGUGGUCUAAGGCUGUGCCACUAGAGAUCUUGGUUCGAGUCCAGGCUCUGUCGCAGC